AUGAGGGAUCGUUCGAAUUUGCUGAUAUGUGCCUCGCCCCGGGAGCUGCUGGCCAGGACACUCGGCCCCGGCACCAUUCCGACGCCGUUCGCCGUGUUGCUGGCGAACCAGACGACCCCCGGUGGCCAUGGCUACGGCCAGGGGUUCACCGGCGGUGGCGAGAUCGAGGCGGCCGACCCGGCGGCGUCGAUCGGGGCCGGCCUGGGGGCCGGGCUGGGCGGCGAGCUCGCCCACCCGACGGUAGCGACGGUCCUGUCGUCGACGCUGGCGAACGCCGCCACCGCCACCGACCACGAGCUCGACCUGGACACGCUGCGCAAGGUGAUCAUCUGCGUCGUGCUGCUGGCUGUGAUAUUCGGCACCAUCGUCGGCAACAUCCUGGUCUGCGUGGCCGUCUGCCUGGUGCGGAAGUUGCGCCGGCCCUGCAACUACCUGCUCGUGUCGCUGGCCGUGUCGGACCUGUGCGUGGCCUGCCUGGUGAUGCCGCCCGCCCUCAUGUACGAGGUGCUCGGCGAGUGGAACUUUGGGCGCGUUUUCUGUGAUAUCUGGGUGUCGUUCGACGUGCUGUCGUGCACCGCGUCCAUCCUCAACCUGUGCGCCAUCUCGGUCGACCGGUACUGGGCGAUCACGAAGCCGCUCGAGUACGGGGUCAAGCGCACGCCCCGCCGCAUGAUGCUCUGCGUGGCGCUGGUGUGGCUGGCGGCCGCCUGCAUCUCACUGCCGCCGCUCCUGAUCCUCGGCAACAAGCACACGAUCGGCGACGGGCCGGACCGGCGGCCGUUCUGCGCCGUGUGCGAGGACGUCGGCUACCAGAUCUACGCCACGCUCGGCUCCUUCUACAUUCCGCUCGCCGUCAUGCUGUUCGUGUACUACCAGAUCUUCCGGGCGGCCCGGCGAAUAGUGAAGGACGAGAAGCGGGCCCAAACGCGGCUCGAGCACAGCCUGGCGGUGGACAAAACGACGACGGCCACCACGCUGAAGCCCCCGGAGCCCAUCAUGCCCGCCCUGCCGGCGACACACACCGGAGCGGCCCUGGCCGGGGGUGGAUCGCCGCACCAGAAGAAGCUCCGGUUUCAGCUGGCCAAAGAGCGGAAAGCGUCCACCACGCUCGGCAUAAUCAUGUCCGCGUUCACCAUCUGCUGGCUGCCGUUUUUCAUCCUUGCGCUGGUGCGGCCACUGAUGGACGACGACUACCCGACGCUGUCGUCGUUCUUCCUGUGGCUCGGGUACGCCAACUCGCUGCUCAACCCGAUCAUCUACGCCACGCUGAACCGCGACUUCCGGAAGCCGUUCCAGGAGAUCCUGUACUUCCGUUGCUCCAACCUGAACAUCCUGAUGCGCGAGGACUUCUACCACAGCCAGUACGGGGAGCCGGGCUCACAGCGGUUCGUGCUCGAAAACGAGGGCCAGCACACGGCGCGCGAAAGUUUCCUCUAA